AUGAAAAUAGGCACAAUUGUCUUGGGGCUUAUCUACAUAGUGCAAGCAUCUGCACAGACCUUCAAUCAGAACAGGAGGCUUAUAAAUGACGCUGCAGCAUUGGACCCAGACAACUUGAACUGGGAUCCUCAUAGCAAAGACGCACUAUUAAUACGUGAUAGAGAAAUUUAUACUGUCGGGUAUGCUUCUUACAGCGACAACAGUAUGACUUUGUAUCAAAUAGAAACCAACUCUAAUAGCACCGAUGAGAUAAAAGAACAAAUAAUAUGUGGUAUAAACGCAGUGCAUAGCAAACACAGCGAGAUUUCCGUAGACAAGCUCCACUAUAUUUACCAUAAUAGUCACUUGUUGCAGAAUCGUUUUAGAAGGAGAGAACCUUACCAAGAGAGCCAUGAAGAAGGAGUUCUUACAGUUGUUUUGUCAUACGGCUCAGAAGAAAUCGGAUCUGCUAUUAAGCUGAUCGGAUCUGACGUUUCAUUUCUAACGGACCCAUUGAAUGUUAAUUGUGCUCAUGGUGGUGCAGAGUGUCCUGGAAACACUAGGAUUGUUGGGUUUGGUGGUACUUGUGCUGACGCUGUCGGAACAGUAAACAUAGCCUCGUAUGUAGACAGUAGUAAUACUACAGUGGCCCAGUCGAAGUUGAAUGAGGGAGCAGAAUGGGCCGACCACGUAAUAGAGAAUAAUCAGUCUGUGGGCUCAUGGAAAGUUGGCUUCAACGACUCUGGUUUGUGGAAUUUAAUUAUACGAAUUAUUCGGAAUAAUGAGUGUCGGAAUGGUUUAGAGCCUUCAUACCGAAUCAAGAGCCAGAGAUACAUGGUGUAA